GAAAAAGAGCUAAGCGAGGUUGACGCGAGCCUUCGUGAUCGAGUUUUGAAAAGGAAUUCGUCUUCGUCUGUGCUUCCCCUGUGCGUGACAUUCCAUCGACGUCCAAGAAAGAAAGAGAUGGCUGCUUCUCUCUGUCGCCUUCAUUUUCCCUCCUCCAUCGCUUCCCAUAUUACAAGCAAUCGGUCUCUUAUUGCUCCUCCUCCGAAGUCCCUCUGUUUCUCUAGAAACCUCCCGCUCAGUGCCUUCUCUCCAGGGUGCAUUUCUUCAUCAGCGAGGGAUGAGAAGAAGCCACUAUGCCAUUCCCUUGUCUGCAUGUCGUACAGAUAUGCUCCUGAUUCGACCUUAAGAAAGAAGAAGGCAAGAAAGCGAGGUGGUGAUCCAGGGAAGAAAAGGAAGGCUAAGAGGAAGAGUAAGAGGAGCAAGAAGAGUGUCAAAGUGAUCAACCUUGUCUCGACUGCCAGGACUGGAUUUUCUUACGCGAAGACGAAGAGUGUUCAAUCCAAAGACAAAUUGAAGUGUCGGAAAUACGACCCUGUCCUGCGUCAGCAUGUUUUAUUUCAAGAAUAAAAGAAGGAACCAUCCUGACUCAAAGAAGUUUUGAUCUACAUUCUAAACCUUUCGCCGUAUCAGAGUGCGAGCGUUGCUAGGAGAAUAUGGCGUCCUGUUGACUGGAAAAAGGUAUGCGUCCUUGCUAGGAAACGGUGAUGUAUAAAAGGACGAUAUGGCCUUUUGAGAUGCCUAUCUAUGUACAUGCUGCUCGUUUUUCGGAAAUGGAGGUUUGACAAGUGUAAGGAAAGCAACUUCUGUGAAAGCAAAUGUUGAGGUUUGAUUGA